UUUACUUGGUCUAAGAUGGGACUUUGAGCUCUGGCCACAUAUUCUUACAUGUUUCGAACGAACUUUUUGAAGGUUAGGUAAUCUCAUGUUAGGUUAUGCUAUACCACAGGUUAUCUUAGUUUACUUUCGGAGUACCAAUCGAUAAGAGCCUCCAGAUUUCUCUGCGUACAGGGAAAUAGAACGAUGACUGACUUUGCUGGCACUUAUUCCGUGGUAUAUGUAACUACACCAAAUGUCGAGGUGUCUCGAAAUAUCGCACAAGGUUUGGUGACAAAUAAAUUGGCUGCGUGUGUCAACAUUAUUCCUCAAAUCAUAUCCAUAUACGAGUGGGAAGACAAGAUAGAAGAGAACAGUGAACAACUUCUGAUGAUCAAAUCCAGAACUGAAGUAGUUGAUGCAUUAACGAAAUUUGUUAAAGAAAUACAUCCAUAUAAGGUCUGCGAAGUCAUCUCGUUACCAAUCCAGAACGGUAAUGCCGACUACCUUAAGUGGAUCGGAGAAGUUGUACCACCGAUUAAGAAAUCAGAUCAGCAGACAGAGAAAGCCAAUUCUUAAAUGGAAAUUCCGUUUCCUAUAAUGUCGCUUUAAAGCUACAUUUUCUUGUGAUAUUCUAGACCAUUUACAUAAUUUCCUUCUAUUACCAUUUCAACAAAACAUUGAUUUGUUUGUACUGUUCUUUGGGAUGAAAUACAUGACACUUACUUGAU